CUGCUCCGCGGGAAAUUGAAAAAGCCCGUGCGACGACACAUUUGUUUCCCGGAAGCGGUGCAAAAUGUCGCCAUGUGUGAUCGUGACGGUUCUAACGGCGUUUAGUGUUUAUAACGCUGCUGUCGGAGACCAACAGCUCGUUUGUCCAGAGUCGAUCCAGGCACCUGAGGGUGCAGAGGUCACGCUCAGAUGUUCCUCUGAACUCCCCCUGGAAGGGGUCUCUGUGGAGGUGAGGAGAGAUGACCUCCCCAGGAAAAACAACAUCGUCCACCUUUACAGAGACGGAAGAGAUGAUUUUGACAACCAGAUGACUGGGUACAGAAACAGAACCACUCUGGACCAUGAAGACCUGACCUCAGGAACCAUCACCCUGGGGAUCUUCUCGGUCCACAAGUCAGACAGUGGACGUUUCACAGUCUUUAUCCCAAAGCUGGACAUCUGUUGUGUCAUCAACGUCACUGUCGAAGCUAAAGACCCAAAGAGUCUUGACUCCAUUACAACUGUCCCUCCAAAGUCAGAAGAUCCUGUUGCUGAGAAGGAGAAGAAGAAGAAGACGGACGUCUGGAGGAUUCUUGGUCCUCUUCUUGCUGUCCCUUGUGUUGGUGCUGUUGUUGCUGCUUUUCUUCUGAGGAGACACCUGAUCGAGAUUUGUAAGAACACCAGAGGAAGGAGACCAAACAACAAUGAACCAGUAACCAUGGAGACCGGACAGAAGGAGCGGGGAGAAGAAGCCAAAGAAGCUUCCAUCGAGUUGAUGGUCGAGCACGACGAGGAGGUUCAUUAAUGAUGGUUUUCUUGGUCCAUCUGGUGCCACAUUGAGACCGACCGGUACCUACUGGACCGCAACGCAGAUUUCGGUGCUUCCUUCCGGUGAUUCCAUUGAAAAACUUUAUUUAUACACUAAAUAACCAACGUAAAAGUCAUGUAAAGCUGUUUUAAAUCAAACCCAAGACCCAUUUGGUUUUUUAAUAGUUUGAAAUGCAUUAAACCUUUUAAUAAGCUCAUGAAAUAGAUCAUUGGAACAUUGACUAGAUUCAUUUUAGUAAUUAAUAAUAAUCAUUUAUGCGUGAUGUUCCCCCCCCCCCCACACACUUUUUUUAUUUAUGUCUUUUCAUUUCUGCCUGUAUUUGUCUCCAAUCCUUCAUUUUCAGUUUGAAUGUAUUUAGCUGUUUUCAAUUCAGGAUUCUACUCAGAAAAUCUAACAAUUGAAAUGACUGCUUUCAAAC